CCGCAAUCGAUCCCCUUGAUAAAAGAGAGCCAUGUUGUAUUGACAAAUUAUGGUCAUCUUUUUUUUUUCUUUUUAUUAUGUCUGUUUCAUUAAGCGCAGACGAUGCUAAGGACUGGACCUAUGUUGGUGAAGGGAACCAGAAUCUGGUUGUGAGAUAUCAUGGAGAACGUCUGUUUCUUAAAAGAAGGAUAAAGUGUUGAGGGUUUACAAAAGCAAUCAAAAAGAUGCAAAGGGACCUGAUGAGCAUGCAAUUUUAUUUAAGCAGCAGUUUGUUGAAUACAUCAUUGGGCCACUAUUAGGACAUGAAUACAUUGUUGCCAUGACUCCUGUAAAGACAUCAAGAGGAUUUCUGGAACAGUUAGCGAGUCAUGUUCAACCAUUUAGACCUGAUUCUCGACUUAAGAAUAACAUCGUCAUUGAUGCACCCUUCUCCAUGUUGAUGGAUGAUCUAAUGUCUAUGCUCACAUUUGAACUCAAGCCCAAAUGGGGGUUUAAGCCUUCUUCCACACAUCCCAAGAAGCGAUUAUAUUGUCGCUAUUGUAUGCAUUCACAUAUGAAGCAAAUACCUAUUCAUGACUAUUGUCCCUUGGACUUAUAUUCAGGGGAUCAAGCACGUAUUCAAAAAGCACUUGUGAGCCUGUUUACAGCACCAUUAGAAAAAACACUUAGAACCUAUGUGAAUAAUAGUCCUGUCUGUUUAGAACAGGCUAUGUUUGAAGAAAUACGAAUGCAAGACAUAUUAGAACAUAUCCUUGUUCAAGACCCAAUCUUAUCUAGACUCAAAUCCUUGCAAUCUAGACUAGACGCGUUAGAUGUGGAAAGCAUAUUGCCCCUAUACCAACAAUACCAAUCUAGUAUCUUUCAUACGACUGACAUUGCGGUGUGGCAGAUAGUAGUCAAACGAUUUUUCAAUAGACAACCGUUGUUAGAAAAAGAACAGUCGUUACAAAAGAUAUAUGAAUAUGUCCUUUCCAUGACAUUUAAAGACUGUUCUAUUAUGAUUAAUGUAAACAAGACCACUGAAAAAGACAAAAGGACAGUUGAUGUGAAUGGCUCUCUCUUUAGUUACGAUGUCAAAGUCAUAGAUACUGAUUUAAAAAACUUAGAAAAGAUACCUUAUUGGCAUCAAUUAGACCAAGCUAUUGUACAGCAUGCUGUGGAUACAUGUUUUGAGAAGCAGGAAUGCAAAUAAAAAUGGUAUACACUCAUGUGAAAUUAAACUCCGGGACUUUUUUACCCUAUUUUUGUGAAGUGCAUCACUCGAUCAACACUUCCCUUCAGUUCUCGAGACCUUAGGAAGAUGAUCGCCUUUGGCAUCAAUAACUGCUUGGUAUCGGCCGGUCAUACUGUCAACCAAACGUUGAGCAAACUCAACAUCCAUUUUUCCCACUCAUCACUAAGAAGAGCUUCCAAAUCUUCUUUGUUGGAAGCCUUGAACCUCUUGUCCUUAGUCUUACGCUCAAAAGCGUCCCAGACGUGCUCAAUAGGAUUUAGAUCAGGACUUUGAGCUGGCCAGUACUCAAAGCC